GAAGAAGAUCCGAUCGUUCCGAGUGACAGGUAAUCUGGGGUAGCAUGAUGUGGUACAAUACGUAUGCUGGUGCUCUGCCACAAUAUAUAUAGCACAGCGGCAUAGUACAGACCGAAGGCAACAACUGUAAAUUGAAAAUGCCUCUGCCACAAUGCUCGGCAAAACGCUCGUGUCCAAAGCAGGUCGUGUCGUCCAAGUUGCACUGGGAACCGUUUUUGCGAUAAUCUUCCCUCCACUGCUGAUCGUCCUGGUGGUUGUCGGAAUAGUCACUGCCAUUCGAUAUUGCGUCGCUCUCUCGAGUCAGAUUCCUGCGGUGCUAUAUGAAUUAAUGAUGUGGUUCACCGCAUGAUCGGAUAAGCGGUGGUGGGGUUAUCCACAAU